AUGCCUCUUGGAGGGCAGAGAAUCCGUUUGAAGCCAGGUUCUGUGCCCACAAAAUUCAUUUUCACGGUGAAAAAGCCAGAAAGAAAAAAACCUUGCUAUCGAGAAACAUCCACAAGCACUGGGGCUAGAACUAGGCGAAAGGUAGUACGUAAAUUUAAUUUUGAUUCGAACAUUGAAAACCUCGAAACUGUUUCUGAUGCAAAGUCAGAGCAGCUUGUAUGCAGCGAGGGAAAUCCUGAUUUACUGGAAAGUGAUGAUCCUGUGGAAUCAAAUUCGAAUGAAAAUGAGCUUCUUACACGAGAACUUAAGUUAAAGGAGGAAGAAAUGUCACGUUUACAUGAGGAACUGCAAAGAAAAGAUCGUGAAUACAAUGCAAAUAUAAUGGAACUAGAAGCUCUGUUAAAUCGGAAAAGUAAUGCGAUAAACAAGUUGGAAUUACCGAACAGGCAAAAAUUAUUUAAUGUUGAAACUGUAAAGAAUAACAAUAAGCUAUUCAGAUGUUACACUGGUUUUGAAAAUUUUGAGAUAUUCUCAAUGGUUCUUGAUUUCCUGGGUAGAGAAGCAGCCUCUCAUUUGGACUACAGGAACAAUAGUAAUUCAACUUCUGAUUCAAGGAAAUAUUACAUGUAUAAGCCUGGGCCCAGUAGAACAUUGUCUGUUGAGAAUGAAUUUUUCAUGGUGUUGUGUCGUCUAAAAGUUGGCUUGCUCGAAGAUGAUUUUGCAUCCAGAUUUGGGUUAGGUCAAAGUGUUGUAUCUCAGAUUAUCAACACCUGGAUUAGGUUUAUGUUUUUCAGAUUUAAAGAACUUGAUGUGUUUCCUUCAAAAGAAGUCGUUAAGUUACACAUGCCUGAAUGCUUUAUGAAAAAAUAUCCAUCUACUUCCCUAAUAAUUGAUGCUACAGAGAUCUAUAUAGAGAAGCCCAACAAUCCGGUCGCUCAACAGCUAACUUUCUCAUCAUACAAAAACACUAACACUCUAAAAGCGUUAACUGGUAUUGUGCCAAAAGGAGGGAUAUAA